CGCCAUGGGCUCCCAGGUGCUGCAGAUCCUGCGCCAGGGCGUGUGGGCGGCGCUGAGCGGCGGCUGGUACCAGGACCCGCACCAGGGCGCCGGGGUCAACGCGCUACACCUCUACCUGUGGCUCUUCCUGCUCGGCUUCCCUUUUUCUGUGUAUCCUGCCCUUCCUUCUUCCAUGAUGAUAGUAGCUGUGUACUGCCCAGUAAUAGCAGCGCUCUUUAUCGUUUUGAAGAUGGUGAACUACCGUUUGCACAGGGCACUGGAUGAGGGAGAAAUUGUGGAGAGGAAUGCCAAUGAGCGUAUGGACAGGGGUGCAAAAACAGAACAAAGCAGUGCUUCAGCCAAGAGGAAAGACAGCAAUGGGCCCAGUGACCCUGGUGGAGGAAUUGAGAUGUCAGAGUUCAUUCGAGAAGCCACUCCCCCUGUUGGCUGUAGUUCACGCAAUUCUUAUGCUGGAAUAGAUCCAAACAACCAGGUUGGAUCUGGAUUAUCUCGUCUGGGAACAGCAGCAACAAUCAAAGGAGAUACUGACACUGCCAAGACCUCUGAUGAUAUCAGUUUAAGUCUUGGACAGAGUUCUAGCCUGUGUAAAGAAGGGAGUGAAGAACAAGAUUUGGCAACUGAUCGGAAGCUUUUUCGUCUGGUGUCGAAUGACUCGUUUGUCUCCAUCCAGCCUUCACUAUCCUCUGGACAAGAUUUGCCACGAGACAACAGUGAUAAAUUGUGCCUCUCGAACAAUCAGCUUGUGGACCAGUCUAAAGCUAAUGCGUGUGACUCAGAAGUAGCUUCGCUUAUAACUCUGCAUUCUCACUCCUAUAGAAAGGAUCACAGACCACGAGGGGUACCAAGGACUUCUAGCUCUGCUGUUGCUUUUCCAGAUGCUUCACUGAAUGACUUCCCUCUUUAUCAGCAAAGGCGAGGACUAGAUACUGUCAGUGAGUUAGAAGCUUCUAAGCCCCCUUCUGGAUCUAGAGAGUCCUUGGCUGAGAACUCUUGCAUUUCAGGAGUUUUUCAGUUGGAUGACAUUCUGAAAAGUAGCAGCCCUCAACCACUGGCUAAGAGUGGGAAGAGCAAAUCCUUGAAAGCAGACAAAAGUGUGGACAGUCUGAGAAGCCUGAGUACUAGAAGCAGUGGUUCAACAGAAAGCUACUGCAGUGGGACUGAUCGUGACACUAACAGUACCAUCAGUAGCUAUAAAAGUGAACAUACUAGCUCUACGCAUAUAGAAAGUGUGCUGUCAGAGCAUGAGGAGGAGUCUCCUAGAGAAGAGAAAAAGGAUGGUAAGAAAAAAGACUGUGGUGUUGACUCAGAGGAUGACAGUAGUUCUACUACUGACAAAAGGACUAGUAGUGAAAGGACUGCUGUGGAAAUGAGUUCUAUUAGUGGUGUUCAAGAGGUAAAGGGUUCUAAUGCAUCCAAUGAGAUGCACAGUCAGAAGGGUCUUAGUGCCUCUGCUUCGGAAGAGGCCAAUAAAAACCCACAUGCCAAUGAACUGACUACACAAGCUGACAGGCCACCUGGGAAGGCUGCUGAACAAAGAGAUGAGCAGAGUGAGAAAGUAGUUCUGUUGUUAGAUUCAAGAGCUUCUAAAGAAACUAGUGGAAAACAAAAAGAAGGAGAUGUUCGACCCAAAUCUUCUAGCUUAAUACAUCGAACAGCCUCUACCCACAAGUCCAGCCGAAGACGGACAGGAAAAAAGCGGGCUAGUAGUUUUGAUUCAAGUCGGCACAGGGAAUAUGUUUCCUUCAGAAGUGUAUCUGGUACUAAACCCCACAGUGCCGUGUUUUGUCAUGAUGAGGACUCCAGUGAUCAAAGUGACUUAAGCAGGACGUCAAGUAUGCAGUCAGCUCAUCAGUUCAGCAGUGAUAGCUCUUCCAGCACCACAUCCCAUUCAUGCCAGUCUCCUGAGGGAAAGUACAGUGCUCUAAAGACCAAAUAUGUUUCUAAAGAACGUGGGGGCGCAGACUCUGAAAAUAUUCAUAAAACCCACGUGAGCUCUGAAGGAAUUAGCAAAAAACGAUCUACACGUCGGACUUCUAGCACAAACAGUGCCAAGAAUCGUGCCAGAGUACUAAGCCUGGACAGUGGUACUGUAGCUUGCUUAAAUGAUCCAAAUAGUUUAAUGACACCAGGUAACAUAAAACAGUUAACCACUUCAAAAUCUGAUUUGGAAGCCAAAGAGGGAGAGGUGCUAGAUGAGCUAUCUCUGCUGGGAAGGGCUUCACAUUUAGAGUCAGUCACUCGUUCUAGGAAUAGCUUACCAAGCCAGGCUACGUUUCCUGAAGGGGAAGAGCAAGAAUCAGCAAGUGGAGCAGCACAAGCCAGCGAGGAGACUGUCACAUUUCGACGUGAACGCAGCACAUUUAGGCGUCAGGCAGUACGACGCCGGCACAAUGCAGGGAGUAACCCUACCCCUCCUACAUUGCUCAUCGGAUCACCCCUCAGCCUUCAAGAUGGUCAGCAAGGCCAGCAGUCCUCCCAGGCCAAAGUGCAGUCCCGCUCCCCCUCCCAGGCAGCUGUGCUCAGCGCUAGCACCUCCUUGCUGGUGAGAAAUGGGAGUGUCCACUUAGAAGCAUCACAUGCCACUGCAUCUGCUGUAGGCGGUAGCAGUUUGCACGAUGGACUUGGUAAGUUCAGUUCUACGCUCUACGAGACAGGGGGCUGCGACAUGUCACUUGUGAACUUUGAGCCAGCUGCAAGAAGAGCAUCUAACAUCUGUGACACGGACUCUCACGUAUCGAGUUCUACCUCAGUUCACUUUUACCCACAUGAUCUACUUUCUCUUCCCCAGAUCAGGUUGAACAGGCUGCUAACCAUAGAUACAGAUCUACUGGAGCAGCAAGAUAUUGACCUGAGCCCUGACCUUCAGGACCACUUGCAACCUCAAGAGGAAGCAGCUCAAAAAGUCAAGCAGUACUAUCGUUUUUGGAUACUGCCUAAGCUUUGGAUUAGCAUAAAUUUUGAUAGAUUAACUCUUCUGGCUUUAUUUGAUAGGAAUCGUGAGAUCCUUGAAAAUGUGUUAGCUGUCAUCCUAGCAAUUCUAGUUGCAUUUCUGGGCUCUGUACUUCUUAUUGAGGGCUUUUUCAAGGAUAUCUGGGUCUUCCAGUUCUGCCUGGUUAUAGCCAGUUGUCAGUACUCACUGUUGAAGAGUGUUCAACCAGAUUCUUCUUCCCCUCGACAUGGUCAUAAUCGUAUCAUAGCCUAUAGUAGGCCUGUAUAUUUCUGUUUAUGUUGUGGUCUUAUUUGGCUGUUGGAUUAUGGCAGCAGAAACAUAUCUACAACGAGAUUCAAGUUGUAUGGAAUGGCUUUCACCAACCCAUUGCUCCUGCUGUCAGCCAGGGACUUAGUUAUAGUGUUUACACUAUGCUUCCCCAUAGUAUUCUUCAUUGGUCUCCUGCCUCAGGUGAAUACAUUUGUGAUGUAUCUCUGUGAACAGCUGGAUAUUCAUGUCUUUGGUGGCAAUGCUACCACAAGCCUGCUUGCAGCACUUUACAGUUUCAUCUGUAGUAUUGUGGCAGUAGCGUUGUUGUAUGGACUGUGCUAUGGUGCCCUGAAGGAUUCUUGGGAUGGGCAGCAUAUUCCAGUUCUCUUCUCCAUAUUUUGUGGUUUGUUAGUGGCAAUGUCAUAUCAUCUCAGCAGACAAAGUAGUGACCCUUCUGUGCUUUUCUCUUUAGUGCAAUCAAAAUUUUUUCCUAAUUCUGAAGACAAAAACCCUGAGGAUCCUCUGUCUGAAGUGAAAGAUCCUCUACCUGAAAAGCUUAGAAAUUCUGUGAGUGAACGAUUGCAGUCUGACCUGAUUGUGUGUAUAGUCAUUGGUGUACUCUAUUUUGCAAUUCACGUCAGUACAGUAUUUACAGUUUUACAGCCUAUUUUAAGUUAUGUUCUCUAUGCAUUGGUGGGUACGGUAGGCUUUGUGACCCAUUACGUUCUGCCUCAACUCCGAAAGCAACUUCCUUGGCAUUGCUUUUCUCACCCGCUGCUGAAAACCAAGGAAUACUAUCAGUUUGAAGUCCGAAAUGCUGCGCAUGUUAUGUGGUUUGAGAAGCUUCACAUUUGGCUCCUUUUUAUAGAGAAGAAUAUUAUCUAUCCAUUGAUAGUCCUCAAUGAGCUUAGUAGCAGUGCUAAGAGUAUUGCUAGUCCAAAGAAACUGGAUACUGAGUUGGGUGCUUUAAUGAUCACAAUAGCUGGCUUGAAGUUACUGCGUUCAUCAUUCAGUAGCCCAACGUGCCAGUACGUCACUGUUAUUUUCACAGUGCUCUUCUUUACUUUUGAUUACAAAAGUUUUACUGAGACCAUGCUGCUAGAUCUCUUCUUCAUGUCCAUACUCUUCAGCAAGCUUUGGGAACUCUUUUAUAAGCUGAGAUUUGUAUAUACCUACAUUGCUCCCUGGCAGAUAACAUGGGGAUCUGCCUUCCAUGCUUUUGCCCAGCCUUUUGCUGUGCCACAUUCUGCAAUGUUAUUUGUCCAAGCAGCUGUGUCAGCAUUCUUCUCUACUCCACUGAAUCCUUUCCUGGGAAGUGCAAUAUUUAUCACUUCUUAUGCCAGACCUGUCAAAUUCUGGGAAAGAGACUACAACACGAAGCGUGUGGAUCAUUCAAAUACGAGAUUGGCUUCGCAGCUUGAUCGAAAUCCAGGUUCAGAUGAUAACAAUCUGAAUUCAAUCUUCUAUGAACAUUUAACCCGUUCCCUUCAGCACAGCCUAUGUGGAGAUUUAUUGUUGGGUCGAUGGGGAAACUACAGUACUGGGGACUGCUUCAUUCUUGCCUCUGACUACCUCAAUGCACUAGUACACCUUAUAGAGAUAGGAAAUGGUUUGGUCACCUUCCAGCUGAGAGGGCUUGAAUUCAGAGGAACUUAUUGUCAGCAAAGAGAAGUAGAGGCCAUCACUGAAGGCGUAGAGGAAGAUGAAGGUUUCUGUUGCUGUGAACCUGGUCACCUUCCUCACAUGCUUUCAUUUAAUGCUGCAUUUGGGCAGCGUUGGCUGGCUUGGGAAGUGCUUGUGACAAAGUAUGUUCUGGAGGGUUACAGUAUCACAGACAACAGUGCAGCAUCCAUGCUGCAAGUCUUUGAUCUCCGGAAAAUUCUCACCACUUACUACGUGAAGGGAAUCAUCUAUUAUGUCACAACUUCCCCCAAGGUAGAGGAGUGGUUAGCUAAUGAGACAAUGCAGGAAGGACUGCGGUUGUGCACAGACCGCAAUUAUGUUGAUGUAGACCCAACAUUUAACCCCAAUAUUGAUGAAGAUUAUGACCACCGUCUAGCAGGAAUCUCAAGAGAGAGUUUCUGUAUGAUUUAUUUGAACUGGAUAGAAUAUUGCUGCUCUCGAAGAGAAAAGCCACUGGAUUCAAGUAGAGACUCACCCCUGGUUACACUGUGUUAUGGGCUUUGUGUUCUGGGGCGGAGAGCAUUGGGAACAGCUUCACAUCAUAUGUCUAGUAAUCUGGAAUCCUUCUUGUAUGGCUUGCAUGCCCUUUUUAAGGGCGACUUCCGUAUCUCUUCAAUUAGGGAUGAAUGGAUCUUUGCUGACAUGGAAUUGCUGAGGAAAGUAGUGGUUCCUGGAAUACGAAUGUCACUUAAACUACAUCAGGAUCACUUCACUUCUCCAGAUGAAUACGAUGAUCCUUCUGUUCUCUAUGAAGCCAUAACAACCCAUGAGGAAAAUCUAGUUAUAGCACAUGAAGGGGACCCUGCCUGGCGGAGUGCUGUUCUUUCCAAUUCUCCCUCCCUCCUUGCUCUGCGUCACGUGAUGGAUGAUGGUACCAACGAAUACAAAAUUAUUAUGCUGAAUAAGCGCUAUCUCAGUUUCAGGGUCAUUAAGGUGAAUAAGGAGUGUGUGCGUGGCCUGUGGGCAGGACAACAACAGGAGCUUGUCUUCCUGCGUAAUCGCAAUCCAGAAAGAGGAAGUAUCCAAAAUGCAAAACAAGCUCUGAGGAACAUGAUCAACUCCUCCUGUGACCAGCCAAUUGGUUACCCAAUCUAUGUCUCACCUUUGACUACAUCCUAUUCUGAUAGUCAUGAACAGCUUAAGGAGAUACUUGGAGGAGCUAUCAGCUUAGGAAAUAUCAGAAACUUCAUAGUGUCUACAUGGCACAGACUAAGGAAAGGUUGUGGAGCUGGCUGUAACAGUGGUGGAAAUAUUGAAGAUUCGGAUGCUGGAGGCGGGGCUUCUUGCACAAGUAACAAUGCCACUAUCAAUGAGUCGCAGAGCAGCGUGUCGCAAGGAGGAGUGAAUGCACCUACAGGGCAGGGACCUGGAGCAGUACAGCACCCUCCUGUGGCACCUCAUCCCGGGGCUCAUCCCACUGCGCUUCCUGCAGCUCAUCCACCAACUCAUCCAUCCACUCUGGGCACCAGUCACAGCUCUCACUCUGUGCAGUCGAGCCUUGUCAGACAUUCCCCUGCCCGUGCCUCAGUAGCUAGCCAUUCAUCCUAUUGCUACGGCAGCCGUCAUUCAUCUCUUCGCACAUCCACAACAGGCUUUGUGCCUUGUCGGCGCUCUUCCACCAGUCAGAUAUCCCUUCGUAACCUCCCAUCAUCCAUCCAGUCCCGCCUGUCGAUGGUGAACCAAAUGGAACCUACUGGCCAGUCUGGAGUCAGCAUGCAGCAUGGUCUGCCCUCUUCCAGCAGCUCCAGCCAAAGCAUCCCAGCCUGCAAACAGCAUGCCCUUGUGGGUUUUCUAGGGACAGAAGGAGGGAGUAAUGCAGCUGAAACUCAGUCAGCUGGUAAUGCAAGCCCUGCAAAUCAAAUGCAAGCCAAAAAGGAUGACGUUAUUUACAGAAUUCAGUUAAUGGAUCCCAGUCAAGUACUGGAAGGGAUCAACGUGUCAAAAAGGAAAGAGCUGCAGUGGCCAGAUGAGGUGAUACGGCUAAAAGCUGGAAGAAACAGCUGGAAAGACUGGAGUCCUCAGGAAGGCAUGGAAGGCCAUGUGAUUCACCGCUGGGUGCCUUGCAGCAGAGAUCCAAGUAGUCGGUCCCACAUAGAUAAGACCAUCCUGCUGGUUCAAAUUGAAGAUAAAUACGUUGCUGUUGUUGAAACUGGAGUCCUUGAACUUGGGGCUGAAGUGUAAAUCUCUGAGACUUAAACUUCCCCUUCUCCAACGAUUCAGGAAAGAGAAGGGUCCAGAAGCAGCAGCUCCAGGACAUAAAACUUUGGUCCAGUUGUAGGAGAGGACUUGAAACACAGAUUUGUCUAAGUCCUUUUCCCCAAAUAAACAAAUGUAAGAAAUUUUUAAGUUGUUAGCUGCUGAAGAAACAUUUGCAUGAAGGAUAGAUUUGUUGAGACAUAUCUUUUUGUUUAUAAAUUUUGUUUAUGCAUUGUGUAAUGCUUUAAAUCAACAAACGUUUCAGUUCUAAGAUCAGAGCACCUCAUAUUUUUCUAAUUGUUUUUGCCAAAAAUUGCCAUGUCUUGUCACCGAGUGUGUGGAAUUCAUCCACCUUAUUUUAAAGACAUUGACUACAAACAUUCAGUUUGGUGAAACACAGUGUGAAGGUUUCAGGAGUGGCAAGAAGAGACUGAACAGAUGUAUAGAUUCUUAUUCCUUAUGAGCUAAAACAUUAAUGAGAACUGCACUAAUUUUUUACAGCAAUGCACUAAAAACAACCCUGAGAUUGCUGAGAACAUUUAUUUAUAUAUAUAAAUAUAAGUAUAUAAAAUACCAUUAUUUAAAUUGCCUUUGGGAUUAAUCCCCUCCCUCUCCAUAUACAUGUUGAUGGUAAGGGCUGUGCCAUGGGUUUGGUUCUAUGUUCUGUAUUUCGUACAAGUGCAUUUGCUGCAUCCUCUUCACAAUAAAUGGUAAAAUAAGAAAUA